AUGGAUUUACAGAACCCAGAUUCGUCAAGUUUACUUAAAAAUUCAGAUGAGUUUUCUGGUCAUGCCGCUGCAAUUGGAGAUAGCUCCGGCGAAAAACCCUCUGACUCUCUGGACCCCCGCUGGCCCUACCUGAAUCGUUGGACUGCGACCACUAUAUCCAGCUCUCCACCCUCAAUCGCUACUCGUCCUGCUGUCCAACGAUUGCUUCCUCCACCGUCUCAUCUUUCCCUUGCGAGCCCAGUUGCGUCUUUGGUUAAUCCUCUUCAAUCGACAGGCUUGGCGGUCGUCUGUUGUGCCGAAAAAUUGUUGAACGAAGGGAACCAAUCAACGAUUCUGACGGAGCAAGCUCCUGCUACUCUGGGUAAGGAAGUUGCUGGUGAAGAACUCCUCAACCAUUGUCCCAUUCAAUCUCCUGCUUUAAAAGGUGCAUGGGCUAAAAAGCUAAACUUCUCAAUUGCAUCGUCAUCUCAUCAAGCUCCUCCAAUUUCCAGAGAAAUGUGGCAUACUCUUUCUGUCUCAAAGCCUAGUAGAAAGCAGCAGGCUCGUGAACAACAGGUUUUUUCUAAUCCAAAACCAAAACCAGCGGCUGUAGAAGAUCCUAUUCGGUUUCCCUGGACAGCAAAAAUGAAUCCAACAACAAGGAAUCUCUACAGGGCAACUGAGCCAGAAUAUCUAGAAGAUGGGACUCUUAAGCGAGCACUAUGGCAUGUUGAUGAUUGCCUAAUGUUUGUAGCUUCUUGGACCCCAGAGGCUUCCCUUGCUAUUCCUGAGAUUAAAACCAUUCCGGUUUGGGUAACCUUAAAGAACAUACCCAAUAUUUUAUAUUCUACCCCGGGAAUAAGUCAUAUUGCUUCGGGUUUAGGUGCUCCCAUGGCAACUCACAAGCCUCGGUUGGAUCCCAUUCUCAUGGGUGAAGCAAAAAUCUUGGUUGAAGUUGAGUUGAGUAAAGCUUUUCCAUCCCGAAUAGCUGCUGAUGAUUUAAAUGGGGUUAUUUCAAUGGUUGAUGUGGAAUAUGCAUGGUUGCCUUCUAAAUGCAGCAGGUGUGGCCAAUUGGGACACAAAGUUAAGUGUUGCUUACAAGAGGAAAACGGCCCAAGGGUUGUUGAUAAUACAACUAAAGAAACUGUGUUGAUGGUUGACAUGGACGUGGCUGGAGCUUCCAAUUCUGUCCCGAUCUCUGCUCAAAACCACUCUAACUCAGCUCCUGCCAUUAGUAUUGAGAUACCUGCUACUAACAACUUCACCGUUGAUUUAGUUAAAGCUUCCAUCAUAGAAGAUAUCAUUCUGGUAUCUACAGCUUCGACAAUUGUGAAUGCGACUGUCCUCACAGCAUAUCAAACCUCUCCUUCAGCUACCAACAAUAAUGUCAUUGAGUCUUCUUUUUUGGAGGCUGCUCGUUCUUUGUACUCCACUGUUACCACUAAUGCUCAAGCAAAACCUACUGUCGAGAAGGAAAGUAUGAGAAUAGUAGUGCCUGAUUUGGGUUCUAAUAAGUUUGCUUCUCUGAUUUCUCCGGAAGAAGAAAAAGACUUGUCGGAUUCAGACAAAGAAAUGGACUCGAUGGAUCUCAUGACUCCUUCGGGGAAGAGAAUUCUUCGAGAAAGACCAGUGAAGCCAUCAGCAAAGGCUAAAGAGAUGAAUUGGCAAUCCACAGGUCGUGGACGUGGAAACCGAGGACGUGGAAACCGAGGCAGUCGCAGCUAA